AAUUUGUUAUAUAUGUGUGCCUGCGAGUGUGUGUUGUGUGUGCGUGUGUGUGUGUUUGUGCAACGCUGUGUGUUGAAAUUAACGUAGUGAGAAGAGAAGUUGCAAAAACGACGACGAAAAUUCAAACAAAAAAAAAAAAAAUACAACAGAGGACAGUAGCAUCUUAAGCAGAUAACAACGAAAUUCUUGACACGCAACACAAACACACCCGAAAAUGGAGGAGAAGCGCAUUGCCGACUACUUUGUGGUAGCCGGAAUGCCAGAGCAGCCCCAGCUGCUCCAGGAGAACAUAUUCAAUGAUUCGGGACGAUUGCGGGCCGCCAACACAAUUGAGCCCAUCACCGACAUUGGCGUCUUCUUUCCACUGCUCGGCGAACAGCUGCCCGAUGGCUACGAGCUGCUGGAGCACACGCCCACCGGCCUGCCAGCGAAUCUAAAUCACGGCUCGGUGCGCACCACCGAAUGCUAUAUAUACUUUCGACGCGGCAAAGAUCGGCCACCGCUAGUAGACAUAGGUGUGCUCUAUGAUGGCCACGAACGCAUCAUGUCCGAUGCGGAAAUUGUCGCUGAAACGCCAGGCGGACGUGUUGCCAACGUCAACAAUUCAUCGGCCAAGACAUUUCUCACCUAUCGACGCGCCCGUCCCGAGAUGCCAUGCAACGAGCUGGUGGUCACCGAACUGUGUGUGAUUGUUCAGAGCAAAGGAGAGCGACCGCCGCAUGCGUUUUGCCUGAUCUACAAGACGCUGAACAAGGGCCUUGUGGGCAGCGAUGUGUAUUUGUGCUACAAAAAGUCCAUGUAUCGGCCCAAGCAUAUUAGCUAUAAACCGGAAAUAUUGUUACGCUAUCCCACCGUCGAUCAUACGGAUUUCCCCCUUCAGCUGUGCCCCAGUGUGCCGCUCUUCUGUCUGCCCAUGGGCGCUAGCUUGGAGGCGUGGCCACAUGUCAAUGGCACCGAGAAACGCAAACCGAUCAGUCCGGUCUUUAGCACAUUUGUCCUAACCGUCAGCGAUGGCACCUACAAGGUCUAUGGAUCGGCACUCACCUUCUACGAGGAUUACGAUGAAUCGCAAUUGUCGUCAGAGCAGCGCGAGUUGCUAGGCUGGAACGAGGAGUUUGCGUCACAGCAUUCGCUGCACAUGAUCAAAGCGAUCUGUCUGCUGUCGCAUCAUCCAUUCGGCGACACCUUCGAUAAGUGGCUCAAAUACUUGCACCGCAUGGUUCUGUAUGGCAUCAAUAUACCGAUACCCGUGGAACGUUACAUUAUCCAGCUGCUGGACGAGGUGCCAUUCCCAGCGCCGAGCAUACAUCUGCAGUUGUCCAGCGAAUCGAACGAUCGCAUUCUGCUAACACAGCCCGAGGAUUCGCCAUUGCCACGCAGUGGAGCCGGUUUCUAUAUGCUAUUGCAAAAUCUCGGCACCGAUAAUUGUCUGCACGUCUUGCUGCUGGCGCUCACCGAACAGAAGAUACUCAUUCAUUCGCUCAGACCUGCUACGUUGACUGCCGUGGCUGAGGCAAUUGUCUCGCUGCUGUUUCCCUUCAAGUGGCAGUGUCCCUAUAUACCGCUCUGUCCGCUGGGCUUGGCCGAGGUGUUGCAUGCCCCAGUGCCGUAUUUAAUUGGCGUCGAUUCACGAUUUUUCGAUCUGUAUGAACCGCCCACAGAUGUCACCUGCAUUGAUCUGGAUACCAAUAACAUAAGCCUUUGCGAUUCGCAGCGCCACUUGACGCCCAAAUUGCUGCCGAAACGUGCCGCUCGACUGUUGCGUCAAACGCUCACCGAACUGGAGAAUGCCAAACCGAUUAGCUACGAUUCAACCAAUAGCUUGGAUCGGGACAUACGCAAACGGAAGCGGGAGCUGGUGCUGGAGCAACGCAUUCAGGAGGCUUUUCUGCUCUUCAUGGCGUCCAUAUUGCGUGGUUAUCGCGACUAUCUGGUGCCCAUAUCAAAGGCACCCUCAGUGGGGGCCACAGAUCCAAGUGCUCUAUUCCAGCUGAAGGCUUUUCUGCGCUCACGCGAUAAGUCGCAUCAGAAAUUCUUUGAGCUACUGAUGAAAACGCAGAUGUUCAUAAGAUUCAUUGAGGAGCGCAGCUUCGUCUCCGAUGGCGAUCAUGGGUUGAGCUUCUUCGACGAGUGCGCCGAGAAGGUGGGCGGCUAUGAUGAGACGCCCGCCCAGCUGCAUCUCGUGGACUGGGACACGGGCCAGAACAGCGAACGCACCAAGUACAUCUUUCCCCCCGACAGCGUCACCUCAAUGGCCAGCACACCUGGCGGCGGUGGCGGUGGCGGAAGCGGUGGCUCAGCUGUGGUCUCGUCCAGCUACAAUUAUCGCAACUUUACGCUGCAACCGGAGCUGUUGCAGAGCAAUAGGAAGACGGCGCUGUCACAGUUUCUGCAACUGCAGUUGAACGCAUCGCUGUCGCCGGGUUCGCCAAUUGCGCGUCGCACCAAGCACGAGGUGAAGCUGUCCCAGAAGAUGGCCAGUCGGUGUCAACAGCAUCCGGAGGCGUGGUCCAAGUAUCUGCUGGCCACGUGCUAUUCGUUGUACUUUCUGAUACUGCCCUCGAUGGUGCUGGAUACGCGGCAUGCGGGCAAGGAGCACGACAUCCUGCGGGCAGCAUACGAUGUGCUGGUGCGUGCCAGUAAAUUGAAGAUCACCUGCGAUGAGUUCUGCUAUCGCAUCAUGAUGCAGCUCUGUGGCAUACACAAUUUGCCCGUGCUGGCGGUGCGUUUGCACUAUUUGAUGAAGCGUUCGGGUGUGCAACCGAAUGCGCUGACUUAUGGCUUCUACAAUCGCUGUGUUCUCGAGUCGCAGUGGCCCAGCGACAGCACAACGCUCAGCCAGAUUCGCUGGAAUCGCAUCAAGAAUGUCGUGAUGGGUGCGGCGCACUUUCGACGCGCUGGCAAGCGAAGGGCCAGCAACAAGGUGUGCAAAUCCUUGAGUGCAUCGCAUGAUCACAAUCUCAGCACCUUGGAAAUGGUCGAUGGACAAUCGCGCAGUAGUCUCGCCAGCUCUGGAGAAGGCGCUGGAGGAGGCGGCGGUGGCGGAGGUUUACUCGAUUUUGCCGCCUUCGAUCGGCUGCGCAACAAACUGGGCAGCAUUGUGCGUCAAACGGUGACGGGUUCGGCCAGCGAUGCGCUGCCCACCGAGGAUGUGGUGAACAGCGCCGGUCUGCUGAUCAGCGGCGAGUCGACGACGAACAACAGCAGCGCCAAUGGGAGUGCAACGCAUACGUCGCCACACACGCCCACCUUUGGCGAUGGCCAGCUGUUGACUAAGCCACGCAAGCAGAUCAUGAGCAUUGGCGAUGGCGACGAUGAGGAUGAGGACGAUGACGAGGAUGAGCAUGUCCGCGUCGAUGGCAAUGGGGUGCAAAGUGCACAGACAUCGGCGCCAGUUACGCCGCAGAAGGUGAAGCAUGAUCUGCAGUUUGCUGGCGGUGAUUAUGAUCUGGAUGUGGACGGGGAUGAGGAUGAGGACGAGGAUGACGAGGAGCGGGAAGGCGACGAGCUUGACGAGCAUGUGGCGGCACAGCGAGCCAGACAACGUGUCCAGAGUCCCACCAAAAUUUCGCCAAGAACGCCUGUGACCCAAAAUGAUCCACUUGGCGCCCUCAACGAGGAGGAGUCCACGCCCACGCAGCAGCAGCAGCCGGAGGCGCAGUCAGCAGAGAUGGCAACCGGAGCCGCAGCUGCGACAGCGGCUCAGCUCAAUAGCAACAUGUACAGCGAUAAGCCGAUAUUGUUCAGGGGUCAACGCAGUGCCACGUUCGAUGAAUCGACACAGAUCGGAAAGAGUAUGCACAGGUCGGAGACGAUGCCAGUGGCCAGCAGUGGAGUGACGCACAGUUUGGCCAAUAUUGGUUCAUCGCUGAAGUUUACGUUCGGACGUUAUUCACCCGCACGAUUGUCCCUUAAGAAAGACUUGAAAUUGCCCGCCAAUAUUAUAGAAAAUAUAUCGAGCAUAAGCCCCAGCCUGACUGGCAAAAAGUCCAACGAACUGAUCCAGGGCAGUCUGAGCAGCAUCAAAUAUGCGGCCAAUUCGCUAACGCGUAAAUUCGAUGAGAUCAAAGGCGCGAUAUCAGCGAACUCGACGCCGGUCAAGACGAACAACGGAGGCCACCAGCAGCAUCAGCAUCACCAUCAUCAUCAUCACCACCACCAUCACCUGCAACACCACCAUCAUCAUCAGCAGCAACAGGAUUCGUAUGGCGGCGGUGGAGGAGGCGGCGCUGGUGAGGAGCAUGACGCACCUGGCGGGUACGCCGAUGAGGGGAAACUGCGACGCGUCUCCAGCGAUUUGGAUCCAUGGGGCAAGCUAAGUGAGUCGCGCAAGUCCAGCUACAACAAUCUGGUGCCGCUGGGCGAGAACAGUUCCAGUGCGGCGCUGCAUAUGCACGCAUUUCCUGCGCUGCCCGACAAUCUCUACAGCCCCUUGACUGAGGCCUCGGCUGAUCCCGAUUGCGAUGUGCUGAUACAGCUGACGACCUGUUCGCAGUGCCACAAUUGUUCGGUGCUCGUCUACGAUGAGGAGAUCAUGAGCGGUUGGUCGGCGGAGGAUUCCAAUUUGAAUACCACGUGCCAUGCGUGCAACAAGCUGACUGUUCCGUCCCUCACCGUUCAGAUCACACGUCUAUCCGCCUCCUCCACGACGACGGACAGUGAAACAGAUGCUGUCGACGGUGCAGUCCGACUCGAUGGCGGAGGAGGAGGAGGAGGAGGCGAAGGUGGUGUGGCCCAUGACAAGUCGUGCCUUAAGUUGCCGUAUCUAAAUCCGUUGGUGCUGCGUAAGGAGCUGGAGAAUAUACUCACACAGGAGGGCGACAUGGCGCUGAUUAAGCCCAAUUUCGUGGAGGAGCAUCCCAUCAUCUAUUGGAACCUCUUGUGGCUCAUGGAGCGCAUUGAGAGCAAAACCCAUCUGCCUGAACUCUGUCUGCCAGCAGCUAGUGACGAGGAGCAACUGGAUCCACUGACCAAGGUGAAGACGGUCCACAUACAAUGCCUGUGGGACAAUCUUAAUCUGCACAGCGAAACCAGCGGUCCGCCCAUGUAUAUUCUUUACCGCGAGACGCAGCCAACGAGCCCAUUAAUCAAGGCUCUGCUCACCGAUCAGGCACAGCUCAGCAAGAACGUCAUUCAGCAAAUCCUUUCGGCCAUACGCUGCAAUGAUCUGGCCACGCCACUGAAGCGUCUGGCCAACGAGCGCCACAAGCUGAAGAACAAUGGCGUGGAACGUUCGCAUUCCUUCUACAGGGACAUACUCUUUCUGGCACUCACCGCCAUCGGACGGGCCAAUGUCGAUCUGGCGACAUUCCAUCGCGAGUAUGCGGCCGUCUUUGAUAAGCUGACGGAGCGCGAAUGCAACAUGUAUUAUCGCAAUCAGGAUUUGCCGCCAUCGGCAUCGACGAUCUUCUGUCGGGCGUAUUUCAAGCCGUUGUUGUUGCCCUGACGCGUGGCGAUAAUUAACGAUGGAGGCGCUGAGGAUGCGGACGACGAAGCAGAUGCGGAUGAUGAUGACGACGACGACGUCGAAGAUGAUGACGUCGAUGAUGAGCAACCCUAAAAGACAACAAGAAGAAGGCGACCAAAAUGAGAAAUAUAUGUGUAUGGAAGAAUAUAAGAAAAAGACAACAAAACGCUUAACACAACCCACAUCAAUUGACAACAAAAACAACAACAACAAAAGGAAAAGAAAAACCUAAAAACCAUUUUGACUUGUAAAUGACUUGAACUUAAAAUUUAAGUACUUAA